AUGCAAAAGGAGGAAGCAGAGGCUGCCAGAAAGCUGGCUGAGGUGGCCGCAGAGGAAGCCGAAGCAGCCAGAAGAAAAGUCCAGGAAGAAGAGGCCGCACGAAGACUGCAGGAGGAAGCAGAGGCCGCCAGAAAGCUCGCCGAGGAAGAAGCUGAAGCAGCCAGAAGAAAAGUUCAGGAGGAAGAGGCGGCACGAAGACUGCAGGAGGAAGCAGAGGUCGCUAGAAAGCUGGCGGAGGAAGCGGAGGCGGCCAGAAAACGAAUCGAGGAGGAAGAGGCGGCACGAAUACAGCAGGAAGAAGCAAAGGCCGCCAGGAAGCUAGUUGAGGAGGAAGCAGAAGCAGCCAGAAGGAAAGCCGAGGAGGAAGAGGCGGCACGAAGACAGCAGGAGGAAGCAGAGGCCGCCAGAAGGUUAGCUGAGGAGGAAGCAGAAGCAGCCAGAAGAAAAGCUGAGGAAGAAGAGGCGGCACGACGACUGCAGGAGGAAGCAGAGGCCGCCAGAAAGCUAGCUGAGGAGGAAGCAGAAGCAGCCAGAAGAAAAGCUGAGGAAGAAGAGGCGGCACGACGACUGCAGGAGGAAGCAGAGGCCGCCAGAAGGAAAGCUGAGGAGGAAGCAGAAGUGGCCAGAAGAAAAGCCGAGGAGGAAGUGGCGGCACGAAGACUGCAGGAGGAAGCAGAGGCCGCUAGAAAGCAAGCUGAGGAAUCGACCCAGACAGCAGGGGAUGGCAACAUCCACCCUGCCGAGGGUCUGGAGGACCUGAAGGCGGGUCUCCGGGAACUCCUGGAGGACACCUUCAGGUCUGGGGCGCUCACGGAUGCCCUCGAUUCACUCCCAGAGGAUCCGCCAAUGAUCCCGCCAGCGGUUGCGGCAGGCAGAGACACCUGCGAGGCUGCAGAGGAUCUGGGAGACUUGAAGGCCGGUCUGAAGGAGCUCUUCCAGGACACCUUUAGGUCUGGGGCAUUGGCGGAUGCGCUCAACUUGCUUCCAGAGGAGGCGCCUCCUCCCAUGCAGCCGCCGGCAGGAGGAGAUGGCAGCCUUGCCAUCCACACGAAGGCCCACCAUCUCGAUGACAUCAAGGACCUGAAGGCUGACGUCAAGGAUCUCCUUCAAGGCACCUUCAGGUCCGGGGCCCUGGCCGAAGCUCUUGACUCGCUUGCGGAGAUCGAACUCAACGAUAGCCCCAUCGAGCUGAAUGAGCUCAAGGCCGAUCUACAAGACCUUUUCAAAGACGCCUGCACAUCUGGCUUCCUGGCGGAAGCUCUGAACCUCGUGUCCGAGGAGGGAGCGCUGGCGCCGUUGCAGCACUAG